UACUUAUGCAAAGGUCAUUAAAAUCAUGUAAAUUUUGGCUAAGUAAUGACUGCAGCAAAUGGUGUACUAUAAACUAGAAACGAGGCUUCUCAUGCAUUUUUCUUCAGGUGUAUUGUUUAGGUUUUUUCAGGGCUGACACUAUUUAAAAAAAAAAAGGAAAUCUAAGAGGCUUUCUUCACUAAUGCAUUUCUUCUAUCUUAAAGUUUUUUCUAACUUAAAUCAGACAAAUACCAGUCAGUCAGCGAGCCAUGUACGAAAGGAGAGGAGGACUUGAAAGAGAAACAUUGGUGUGUGGUUCUUUUUUGCAUUCCUGAGUCAUGAGGGACUAGAUUGCUUUCAAGCAAAUUUCUUCUGCAUUCUAUAUCACUAUAUUACUUUUUCCCUGAAUUGACUUUAGUACUGGGACCUUUAAUAUUUUAAGCCCCCUAUGCACAGGGGUGCUGGAACAGUUUGUAUAGUGAGGGUGCCAUGAGCCAUUGAAACAAACUGUAACCCAACUAUAUGUGAUGGAAACCACUUCAAGCAAGGGGGUGCUGUCGCACCCCCAGCACCUCCUUGUUCCAGUAUCUAUGCCUACGUUUUCUUUAUUGAUGUGCAGAAUUUCACUUCAGUUGUAAUAAAGCAAUUUACUCCAAGAAGGUAAACUUGAACACUAAGAAAAGUAUUGUUAGUAUUUCUGUUCUGUGACAUAGACACUACAUUACCGUUUUUUUAGAAUUGUAAAAGUCUGUUUCCUCAGAAAUGAUGCACCUCAGAUUCCUGUGAAUAUCUGCAGGCUUUCUAUCAGUUCUUCAAUAGAAGCUGCUGCAUUUAGAUCAGCUUGGAUUUAAUUUUGUUAUUGUACACACUGUUUGGAAAAGUAACUGAAAGUUUCUCUAGCUCAUGUAUUUCUAAGGGAGACGAAUAACUGAUCUUUCCUUCCUUUGGAGGGAUCUAUUGAGCCUGUGUGGAAAACAAAGAGUUACAGCAGUGAUGACUCUUUUCCUUCCCACCUACCUUGAAUGCAGACUGGCUCUCUCUUUAAGCAGUAUGCCGAAGGUGAAAUGAGAGAGGCAAUAGGAAAAAGUGCACCUUAUUCAAGUUCCUUUCAGGAUUUUGGUGUUUAGAAUGGUCAGAAGCAAGUCUUUGAAGCAUAAUGAUGCAGACUUUCCCCUCCAAACGGAUCCCUGUGGUAUACAGCAUACCAGCUCCCAAUGAUCCUGAACAUGGAUCUGGACAGAGUCCGAAUCUUCACCAUCUCCAGUCUCCUCAAGAAGAAAUCUCAUAUGUGCAGCAAUCUUUCUUCAAACAGACGAAUUUGCAUUUCUGGAGAAGAUGGCUUCUAGGAAUGUUACCUCUGAUUUCCUUAGCAGUCACUGUACUCGUGCUGGUCCUGUACUAUUCAUUAUCUCCAGCAUUCUCCUUUAUCUAUAUUGGUGGAAGUGUAGAAAUACCUAACUUGACCUAUACCAGUGACCUCACUGAUCCAAAGUCACAGAAAUUUAUAAUGGAAGCAGAAGCAAUCCAGAGCUAUUUUGCAGAACUAUAUGCGUCUUCUACAUUAGGGAAAUAUUACUUGAAAUCUGUUGUUGCUGCAUUUAGCGAAGGAGAAGAUGGUCUCCGAGCUUACUACUGGAAUAAAUUCUGGGCACCGCAAGAGAUAGUGCACUCUUUAAAAAAACUAACCUCAUUAAAACAUAAGGAAAUAAUCCGUAAACAUACAUUUCAGACUACUAAUUCUUCUGCUGAAUCCUUUCCCGUGGAAGAGGAUUUUGAUCUCUUAACAAUGGAGCUUUUUGUUUCAGAUUCUUCAGACUAUGAUGUGACACUGAAGUCAGCAGUAUCCUUCGACCUGUAUGCAAAGCCAGGUAACAACAGGACUUUAACUUUGAUGAAUCCCAAGAAAUCUUUUUAUCAGUGGAGGCUGCGUGUUCCUUCUAACUAUAUUGUGAAACUUGUAGUUCUUACUCUGCAUGGUGUCACUCCAGGGAGUUGUGCAUCACACAGAUUAUCUGCAUAUGAUUUUCUUCUUCCUCUUCAGAACAAGAUCAUUACAAGGUGGUGUGGAGUACCAGGGGCCUGGAGUCCUCCUGUCAUACGGUUAACUUCAUCAAGUAAUGUUAUGCUGGUCACCUUCUCGCUGGACAGAAGAAAAGAGAGUAACAUGCUAAAAGCAUACUUCCAAGCAGUUCCUAAAGUUGUCUGUGGUGGGCAUUACAUCUCUUGGAAUGGGACAGUGAGCUCCCCUUAUUAUCCAAGCUACUAUCCACCAAAUAUUGACUGCAGCUGGCUACUCAGAGCACCCCUGCCUGGAUAUAAGUUGUCGCUAAAAAUCCUUGUCAUACAAAUUCAAGAGAAGUCUCCAGGGUCCAAUAAAUGUGAUAAGGACUGGUUAGAAAUUGAUGGAGUUAGAUAUUGUAAAACUAUUGCUGAAAGCAACAGAAACAAGGAAUAUGGCUAUUCAGUUGCAAUUAAUUUCCAUUCAGAUGAACUGGUCACGCACAGAGGGUUUUAUAUUGAAUAUAAAGCUUUCAGUCACACGGACCCAUGUCCUAGACAAUUUAAAUGUACAGACAGAACAUGCAUUCCUUUAAACAACCAAUGUGAUGGAUGGAAAGACUGCUCAGAUGGCAGUGAUGAAUUAGACUGUGGCUGUAGUCCAGAGGAGUCUAACUGUGGCGAUGGGAAGUGUAAACACCGUUCAAAGACAUGCAAAGGGGACGACAGUUGCGGAGAGGAUAGUGAUGAAAAUGAUUGCCCCUAUAAAAGUUGUUCCUCAUAUGCAUAUAAAUGCCUGAAUGGAAAAUGCCCCACAAAACCAAACCCAGAAUGUGAUGGAAUAAGAGACUGUGGAGAUGGAUCUGAUGAAAUGAACUGUGCUUGUGGAAGAAUCCAGUUAAAAAAAACUAGAAUUGUUGGAGGUGAAGAUGCAAGAUCUGGAAAGUGGCCUUGGCAAGCAAGCUUGCAGAUGGGAAUGUAUGGCCAUAUCUGUGGUGCAUCUGUUGUUUCAAAUAGGUGGCUGUUAUCUGCUGCCCAUUGUUUUCUGGACUCUGAUUCUAUAAGAUACUCUGUGCCUUCUGGCUGGAAAGCGUAUAUGGGCAUAAGGAUCAUUAACAAAAACAGCAAUCAUGUAGCUAUGAGAUCAAUCAAAAGGAUUAUUGUCCAUCCACGGUAUGACCAAUAUAUCUCAGACUAUGACAUUGCCCUGUUGGAAAUGGAGACACCAGUAUUCUUCAGUGAGCUGGUACAGCCCAUUUGUUUACCCAGCAGUCCUAGAGUAUUUUUUUAUGGAACUGUCUGCUAUGUAACUGGCUGGGGAGCCCUAAAAGAAAAUAGUUACCUUGCCAAAACACUGCAAGAAGCUAAAGUGAAAAUAAUUAAUCAAAGUAUUUGCAACAAGCUAUAUGAUGAUCUGAUUACAUCUCGAAUGCUGUGUGCUGGAAAUCUUAAUGGCGGCAUUGAUGCAUGCCAGGGAGAUUCUGGAGGUCCAUUGGCCUGCGUCGGAAAAGGAAAUAGAUGGUAUCUUGCCGGCAUUGUCAGCUGGGGUGAAGGAUGUGCUCGGCGUAACCGCCCUGGUGUAUAUACAAAGGUGACAGAGCUUUAUGACUGGAUUCGUCAGUACACAAACUGAUGCGCUUAGAAGAAAAGAAAAGUCACCAUUUUUACCAGAGUAAACCAUGAAAUACGUUUUUAUGAUGAUAUCAUAAGGAAACACUGUAGAUGUUUGUGCUGAAGUUCAUAUAUAUAUAUUUUAAGACCUAAAAUUGUUGUUAACUUCUCUGCACAUUUCAGGAACAGUCUGAACUGAAAGUAACUUUCUCCAUCUUCAAUGUCUUCAUCACCAGAAAUGGACAAACAGGGUUGAAUGAAGUAAGAAUGGAUUAUAACCUUGGGCCAAAUUCCAACCAAACCUUAUUGGAUGUUUGGAUAAUUCAUUUCCUCUCCUCUUCCCUCCUCUGCAGCCCCAGCACAUAUAAAUACAUACACUGUCCAUAUGCAAUGUAUUGGGGUUUCAGACAGGAUCAAGGGCUCACUUCUCACAUCCGGUCAAAAUACACAAACUGCAAGUCAGGGUGGUGUGAAAAGGUGGGUUAAAGCUCUCCUUCGUUCAUGGUGCUGCUACGCAGGACUGCUCCCUCCUGUGCUGUGUUUAGAGGAGCUCUCAGGCUGCUCUACCUUUAAUAUGGUUUUUAAUAGCCGGAAGAGGCCAAAAACAUAGCUCAGGUUUGUUGUGAUAUAGGGGCACCCCAAACUCUCUCCCACUUGGGUAGUCAUGAUCCCUUUCCUUGUUAAGUUAGCAGCAGGAAGGGUGUUUGCCGUUCAAGACCAAAGAUAACACUAAGCUGUGUGCCAAUGUUUGAUUCUCAUGAUCUUCCCUGGGCUGGUUAAGACAAGCAUACAGGGGUGCUGGAACAAUUUUUAUAGUGGAGGUGCUGAGAGUUCUUGAACCAAACUGUAGACCCUGUAUAUAAAGGAAACCACUUCAAGCCGGGGGUUGUGGCAGCACCCCCAGUAUCCUUAGUGCCAGCACCUACACAAACAUGUGAUCAAAUUCCAUCAGUAGCGUAGCACAAAUCAGUCACAUUAAACCUGAAGAUCUAGCCCUAAACUUGCAAGGACUGAAAUGCCAUUAUUGGUGUCUUUGGAGUGAUGGUACUUUAGAACAGGAGAAAACGCUGAGUUUAUUAAGAGGAGCUCAGUUCAGUUAAUCUAAAGGAAACUGCACCUAUUAGAUGGAGAGAGAAUUCUUUUUCAGUCUGAUACAAACAAAACUUCACAUGCACAAGCUCCCUAGCUGCUAUCAAAUGUUAAACUAUGUAAUCACAACACAUUCUCAUGAGCUGAUUAUACUUUGUGAGAACAAACCUGUUGCUAGCUAUUUAUGGUAAUAGACUUAAUCAAAUUAACUUUUAUGGGUGUCAGACUGCAAUAAGAGUGUCAUCUUGAAUUAUCUCCUACACAAAGAAAGACAGGAACUUGUCCAUAUGAUAUUCCAAACCAAAAAGAUUGGAGUACAUUUUAAUAGAAAUCUAUACUUUUUGGAUGAUUAUCUUGUAGACAAAACAGCUUGAGGUUCACCUGGAUCUACAGUAGUUUUUAGGCUGUAAUUAUUCUAUCUGCUCAGGGUUGUAGUAUAGCCAACCUCUAAGAUACUAGUAGUGUGUCGGAGAUACUGCAACUGGGAGGUAAGGCAUGAGGUGCUUCAGUUGCUAGGCCUUGUGCUAGCCCUGGUGUGUCCCAAUAACCCCCUAGACACUUGGAAAAAGGAAAGGGGCAUUUUACUAGGGCUGGUAGGAGAGGUAAAGGUUGCAAAUACCCUAGGUAUAGUGGCUUAAACAGUUAGAGCUCAAAGUGAAACAAGAGUGGUUCUUAUGUGGGCCCACUAAACAGCUUUUCAGACCUAGUGCCUAGGGUGCUUUCUCCAGUCCAAUUUUCUAUUAAAAGCUAGUAAGACUGUGCAGAUUUCCAGGCCUGGAUCAGUUAGUGGUGUGGCUCAUUAGAACCCCUUUAUGCUGGCUCCCUGCCCAGUCUCUGCUGCAUCCACACAUACCUGAACCUGGUUGCAAUGUCCAUCAGUCACUGUUCCAUAUGUGGUUGCCCAGCUCCUACUGCAGCCUGCUCUGAACGCAGUUACCUGGAAGUUUCCCUGUGCAAUCAGCUUCUCGGCUGCUCCACUUGCCCAAGUGCCAGGUUACUUCGUGGGUCAGGGUUUCUCAUAGUUUCUGCCCCUUUUCCUUACUUGCCAGUGGAAAGGGAUGAGCCUGAAUGUCCAUCCCAGAGGGUCAUAGAUCAGAGGAGAAGGGGUUCCUGCUUGGCAGACUGAUCACAAGAGUUUUUCUCCUUGCUUGGUAUCAGUAGAUAGAGCCAGACUGAGAUUUCCAAAACUGUCUAGGGGAUUUAAAGCACCUGUAUCUUUAAAAUUAAUGGAAGAUCUGUCUAACCCCGCUAGACAGCUUUAAUGGUCUCUCCUUCAACAGCUUGUAGUUCUAGCUUUUCAGACCUGAGGUAACAUGAUGAUGGCAGUUGGCGACUUGGAUGCCACUCCCUGCUACACUCACAAACACACAGCUUGCUUACGUUAUAUGAACGUGCCCCUCAUAGCGUGGCCAGCUCUUGUGAUCUUUUUUUUUUCCUUUGUCAUGAGUGAUGGGAUUUUGACUGGUCCGGAGCCAGUCUCAUAAUGAUGUAAGUAGCCCAAGCCUUUUAGUGUAUUUGAGCCCUCUGGUUAUUUUUCCCCAGGAGGUGGCCAAAUGGGGCAGGCAGCCAACCAGAGCUGCCACAGGAAAAGCGCUGUCUCCUCCUUCCCUCUGCAACAACCCAAAGCCGUCCUCAUAAGAGGGGCAUGGGGAGGAGAUAGCAGAAAGAGCCCAGCAGCUCAGGGCAACUCCACUGCUCUGCCCUCCUUCCCUCUGCAGCACUCAGCCUUGGGGCAUGGAAAGGAGCAGCAGGGGUGAGACAGCUGAAGAGCCUUGGAGCUGCCCCUCCAGCCUGAAAGUGGACCCCUUUUCAGCCCCCUCCCACACACCUAGGAGAGGAGGAUGAAGAACCCUAGAGGAGCAGCAGGGGAGGUCGGGUUGCACUGAUGAGAGAGUUAGGGGAGGGGGCUACCAGUGACUGAACUGAUACAGGGAUUGAAGGGACAGGAGUGAUUCAGAGGCUGGGCACAGAAUGAAUUGCUGGGCAGGGGAUGGGCUGAUGUGGGGAUGAGAGCUGCAGCAAUGGCCAAAAUCUACUUAUCUAAUAAAUUUGGGAGAGUGGGCCUCAGUAAUUGUGGCUCUCUUGGGGUUGAGGGUGGGGGAGCAUUCAAAAAUCAAGACUGAAACCACUAUGUAAUCUUUUCUCUUUUCUUUUCUUUUUUUUUUUAACCCUCAUAUUUUGAGUCUAACUCAUGAUUAGUAAUCUCUCUUGAGGUUGGCAAUACUACCCUCACUUAUUUUUAUCUCACUUUCGUAGGCUGACUCAUUGUACAGUACAUCGGGGAAGGUGUUCUGUAAAUUACACGAACUGGUGGCUUAAGAGCGAAGGGAGCUCGUAACCACCAGGAAUAUUCUGAGACCUCUCCAGGAGCCUCUGGGUCAGGCGAUCACUACAUGAAACAAAGCCAUGAACCCAGGUAUAGUGGUAUUCAGACAUGUGACAGGGGGAUUGCUUGCUUGUCCUGUCGGAAAACACCGUCUUCUCUUCUGAGACAAAGAUAGAUUGCUUCAUCUGCUGAGUUUGUUGCUUUAGCAAGCACCAUGUUGCCUCAGGUUCACUUAGCUGCUUGUGCUGGCUAAGGGCUGGUGUAGUAAGAGGAUACAGUCCCAGUCCACUCCUUGCUCCAUGGAAUUUCCCUUGUUUACCCUACUUGCUGAGAUCACUUGCUUGUAAAUUUGUGCUGAUCCUGGCUGCUGACGUCUCAAAUCUUGACCCUGAACUGACACCAUUAUCAUCACAGCAGAAACAGGAAGGAAGUGAGUCUUGUUGGUAUUUGCCUUAAAGU